GUGGGCUUCCACAUUGGAGCUGUGGGGUCUGUGCGGGGUUGCCGAGGAAGUUAGCAGUGGCGGGAAUUUGAGGGAGCCUCCCCGAUGCUUGGAACUGUCCCGGAAACUGUAGUCCAUCACUACCACCUCAACCUCCUUCCUUCAGAGGGAUCCAGAAACUUCUGUCAUGGAAAAGUACCACGUGUUGGAGAUGAUUGGAGAAGGCUCUUUUGGGAGGGUGUACAAAGGUCGCAGGAAAUACAGUGCUCAGGUGGUUGCACUGAAGUUCAUUCCAAAAUUGGGACGAUCUGAGAAGGAAUUGCGGAAUCUGCAACGAGAGAUUGAAAUCAUGCGGGGCCUGCGACACCCCAAUAUUGUUCAUAUGCUUGACAGCUUUGAGACUGACAAAGAGGUGGUGGUGGUGACAGACUAUGCUGAGGGUGAGCUCUUUCAGAUCCUUGAGGAUGACGGGAAGCUUCCAGAAGAUCAGGUUCAGGCCAUUGCUGCCCAGCUGGUGUCAGCCCUUUAUUACCUGCAUUCCCACCGAAUUCUCCACAGAGACAUGAAGCCACAGAACAUCCUGCUCGCCAAGGGUGGGGGCAUCAAACUCUGUGACUUCGGGUUUGCCCGGGCCAUGAGCACCAACACCAUGGUGUUGACGUCCAUCAAAGGCACACCACUCUACAUGUCUCCGGAGCUGGUGGAAGAACAGCCCUACGACCACACGGCUGACCUAUGGUCCGUGGGCUGCAUCCUGUAUGAGCUGGCUGUCGGCACCCCACCCUUCUAUACCACAAGCAUCUUUCAGCUAGUCAGCCUCAUCCUCAAGGAUCCUGUGCGCUGGCCCCCAACCAUUAGUCCUUGCUUCAAGAAUUUCCUACAGGGACUGCUCACCAAGGACCCUCGGAAGCGGCUGUCCUGGCCAGAUCUCUUACAUCACCCCUUUAUUGCUGGCCGUGUUACCAUACUCACUGAGCCAGCAGGCCCAGAUUUGGGGACCCCCUUCACUAGCCGCCUCCCUCCAGAACUUCAGCUCUUGAAGGACCAGCAGGCCCAUCAGCUGGCCCCAAAGGGCACUCGCUCUCGCAUUUUACGGCAGGCCUGCAAGCACAUGGCCGAGGAACUGGAGCAGCAGAAACAGCCAAAUGCAGAGCCUGGCCUGGAGCACAAGGAUGAACCUGGCAAAAGGCCUUCAGACACUAUUUCUUUGCCCAGACCCUUGGUCCCCACACAGGAGCCAGGCCUUGUACCUAUAGUCUUGACCUCUGAAGUGAAGAGAAGCUGGGCUGAGUGGGGUGCUGGAGAGGCACCUCCUGCUCCUCAGGAAAAUCGAGUCACACAGGAUUGCAAGAAGCAAGACCCAUGCCCUGAGCCGAGGCUAGAGGGGGAGAGUAAGCGGAGCAUCGAUGCUGUGGACUUAGAGAGUGAGGAGCCAGACAGUGACAACGAGUGGCAGCAGCUCCUUGAGACCUCUGAACCUGUACCCAUUCAACUGAAAGCACCUCUGACACUCAUCUGCAACCCCGACUUCUGCCAACACAUUCAGACACAGUUGCAAGAGACUGGAGGGCAGAUCCUGAAAGGCCUACUUGAGGGAGCAGCUCAGAUCCUCCCUGUACUCCGUGUCCUGAGCAGUCUGUUGGCGAGCUGCACCAACUCCGAGCUUCUGUACCCCUUCUGCCGUGAGAUGGGGCUCCCAGGGCUGUUGCUGAACCUCCUCAGAUAUAGCCAGGAGAAUAGCAGCCUUCAGAAGCAAAACUGGUACGGCGGCCUCUUACGGGACCUCCUGGCAGCAAUUCAGUCCUACUUUGCCUGCUCCUUCAAUCUGGAGAGGAACCAGACGGAGGACAGCCUACAGGUAUUCCAGGAGGCUGCCAACCUCUUCCUGGACCAUCUGGGGAAACUGCUGGCCCGGCCUGAUGACUCAGAGCAGACUUUUCGGAGGGACAGUCUCCUGUGCUUCGCUGUCCUGUGUGAAGCCAUGGAUGGGAACGUCUGGGUCCUUUCCAAAGCCUUCUACUCCAGCCUGCUGAGCUCCCAUUGUGCCGUGUUGGAUGGGCUCCUCCACGGUCUGACACAGCUUCUGGUUCACACCCCACCAGGAGCCCCCCAGGUGAGCCAACCACCACGGGAGCAGAGUGAGGACCUACCAGUCGCCUUUUCUAUUGUGCUGGCAGCUGUGUGCACUUCGCCUGUGGGGAUGCCCGGUUGUCUGGAGGCCAAGGAACAGAUCUCACGCUACGUGGCUGAGCAGCUUACGGAAGAUGGCAACCUGCUGAGACCAUCCCUCAUCUCUGGCUUACAGUACCCCACUCUGUGCUUGCCGCUCCUCAAGGUUCUCUACUCCUGUUGCCAUGUGAGUGAGCACCUGUGCCAGCUGUUGGCACAGGAGCCUCUGGUCUGGGAGUUCCUAUUGCAGCUGGUUCAGGGCAAGGUAAAGAUGGUGGAUUGGGAAGAGUCCAUGGAAGUGAUACUCUACCUCUUGUCCCUCCUGGUCAUCCAAUUGCAAGGUUUGCCUGCUGGAAUGGAGAAGCUGGGCGACGAGAUUGCCACUCUUUUCACCCGCUCACACAUCGUCUCCCUGGUGAAUGCAGCAGCCUAUCUCCUGGGAAAACUUGGCCAGCAAGGAGUGGCUUUCCUUCUGCAGCCCGGGGAGUGGAUUGCAGCAGUCACCCAUGCACUGUCAGCCCCCACAGAGGUAAGAUUGACUCUGCCACGAGGCUGUGGCUUCUAUGAUGGUCUCUUCAUCCUCUUGUUGCAGCUUCUUAAUCAAGAACAGCAUGACCGGAAAAGCCUGAUCAGGGACCUGGUCAGCUCAGACAUGUGGACCAUUCUGUGGCAUCGCUUGUGGCUGGCAUUGCGACUCCCCAAGGUGUCCCCGCAGGAUGAGGAGCUGGCUGUCUCCAGAGCACAGCACCCCCAGCCAGACUGGGUGCUCAUCUCACCCCAAGGCAUGGCAGCCCUGCUGAGCUUGGCCAUUAGCGCAUUCACCCAGGAACCACAGCUGUGCUUGAGCCACCUUUUCCAGCAGGGGAGUCUGCUCAUGGCCACCAUGAUCCACCUACUCUCCCCCAACUUCCUGCAGCAGUUGGGCCAGGCUAGCCAUGGGGCCGAGUUUCUGCCCGUUGUGGUACUCUCUGUCUGCCAGCUCCUCUGCUUCCCCUUUGCUUUGGAUGUGGACUCAGACCUCCUGGCAGGGGUCUUGGCUGAUCUCACGGAUGCACAAGUCACAACACACCUGUUGCAGGCCUGCUGCCAUCAUCUUCCACUGGCCCAAGUGGAGCUGCCUGUCAGCCUCCUGUCACGCCUGGCUCUCAUGGACCUUGCUUCACUCAACCAGUUUGUGGCAGCUGUGGAGGCCUCCCUGGGGGCAAGCCUGGCCUUCCUCUCCACUGCGCUCCUGGGUGACCAGCCCCUGCUGACAUCCGACCUCCUUUCCUUGCUGGCCCACACCGCCCGGGUCCUGCUCCCUACCCGCCUGUCCUUCAUCCAAGAGCUCCUGGCUGGCCCCGAGGAGUCUUACAGGCCCCUGCGCAACCUCCUGGCCCACUCCGAGAUGUUGGUGCGCACCCGCACCUUUUCGCUGCUGGGACACUUACUCCAGCACAGCAUGGCCCUGCGGGGGGCGCUGCAGAGCCAGGCAGGCCUGCUCAGCCUGCUGCUGCUGGGUCUCCGGGACAAGGAUCCUGCCUUGCGGCGCAGUGCCACCUUUGCUGUGGGCAAUGCCACCUACCAGGCUGGGCCUCUGGGGCUGGCCUUGGCAGCCGCAGUCCCCAGCAUCACUGAGCUGCUAGGGGACCCCCAUGCUGUCAUCCGGCGCAAUGCUGUCUUGGCCCUGGGCAACUUGGGCUCUGAGGGCUUGAGGGAGGAGCUGCUCCAGUGCCAGGCUCCACAGCGACUCCUUGAGGUAGCGUGUGGAGACCCCCAGUCUAGUGUCAAGGAGGCUGCCCUCUUUGCUCUGCGGAGCCUCUGCCAGGAUCCCUGCAUCCACCAGGUUCUGGUGGCAUUGGGUGCCAGUGAGAAGUUAACCCUGCUCUCCCUGGGGACCCAGCUACUGCCACCCAGUGGGUCCCGGCCAGCCUCCGCCAAGCUCUGCAGAAAACUCAUCCACCUCCUGAGAUCAGCCCACAGCACCUGAACCCACUGCUACCACCUCACUGUGCCCACUCUUGCCAAAUAUUUCAAUACUACUAGCCACCGAUUCCACUGUGAGCUAUAAAGAGAAAUAAGCUGCCAACUCAACAGAUCAGAGAACAAGAAACUAGCAGAGAUGGAGAAAGCUUUCUUGCCCUCAGUUUCACGAUGUUCUACUGAGUAGUAAAUAUUAUUGUUGAUGCCUUCCGUCUCAACCACUGGGCUCUGUUCAUCAAUUCUGUGCCUUCGUAGUAGCCCAUUAUCUCCAGGGAGCACCUCUCUGCUGGAGCUCUUCCUCAUCUUCAGAAAUUUCUAUCUUCACUUGGGGUCAGGCUAAAGCAACCUGCCUUUGCUCCUCAUUCAAUGCCAAGGGGAUAAAUGCCUCCCAGGGUCUUCAGUUGCAAGCUGUGAUUCAGGAGUAUCUCUCUUUUUAUU